AUCUCACUCUCCCACAGAGAGAAGAAAAGCAGAAAACCCGAGGGAGAUAUGUCGUCACGAUCCAAUCUAGGGUUUCUCAGAUCUGUGAUAUCCCGAAUCCCUAAUCUCCAUCUCAUCUUCUUCCCUUCUCUUUAAAAUCUCAAUCCCCACAGAAAUUCUCAAUUUUCUCAGCAGCUGCUUGUAUCCGAAAAAGGAAGAAUUUGACAAUCGAGAUCCUCCACCUGGCGAUUCCUUGCUUAGAUCAGAUCGGAUAUUUGGAGCCGUUGAUCUCAUAGGUAGAGAGAGAAAGGGAGAUCCAAAUGCCAGAAGAAGAUCUCGUCGAGCUCAAAUUCCGUCUAUAUGAUGGAUCAGACAUCGGCCCGAUCCGGUACUCUCCGGCUUCGACCGUCGCGAUGCUCAAGGAGCGGAUUGUCGCCGAUUGGCCCAGAGAUAAGAAAAUAAUACCGAAGGCAGCGAAUGAUGUGAAACUGAUAAGUGCUGGGAAAAUUUUGGAAAACAACAAAACCAUCGCUCAGUGUAGAGUACCUUUCGGCGAGCUUCCUGGAGGAGUCAUCACCAUGCAUGUUGUUGUGCAGCCAUCUUUAGCAAAGACCAAAACAGAAAAGAAGGUUGAUGAGGUGCCGAGGAAGAGUGCCUGCUCAUGCUCCAUAUUAUAGGGUAAGCCGGUUUAUUGAUUUCGGUCUUUUGCACAGUUGGGUUUGGUAUGAAACAGAAAUAUCAUCUCACGCAAGUCUAGCCAUGGAGCUGUUUGGAUGGACACACAUAAUAGUCAGACUGCUGUCUCUCUUCUGGGCGGGCCUUUUGACCAUUCGACAAGGCAGCAUUUGUGCGUGUGUACUGUAUCCCAAUCUUAUAUAGAUCCAGGUUGGUGGUGUUGUUGUUGUUGUACUCUAGUAGCUACCUAGUUGUGACCUGCACCUUAUAAGCCAGUAGAUCAGGGAUUGAGGUGGAAACAAGCCCAUUUAUGUGUUUUAAUUGGAGGAUGGCCCAGCUUUUAGGUAUGGGGUCGAUGAUCCCAUGCCACAGAGCUCGGGGUCAUUUUAUAUGUUGA